AGAGAGAAGGAAAAAGAGCAGAGAAAAUGCAGAGCUUGAAAGUUUUGUGGAGAAGACGCAGUGGUAUUCGCUCCCCUCCCUUUCCCACUCAUCACAGAGCUUUUUCCUACGUUCCCAACCCUGCUGCUGCCAAUGAUUUUGACUCUGAAGUGCUGGUUGAAGGCGAAGGUUGUUCCAGAACUGCAAUUCUCAACAGACCCCAUGCUCUCAAUGCUCUCAAUACUUCAAUGGGAGCUAGAUUGCAAAACCUGUACAAGUCUUGGGAAGAAAAUCCUGAUAUUGGUUUUGUGGUAAUGAAGGGCAGUGGCAGGGCAUUUUGUGCAGGUGGAGAUAUUGUUGGCCUCUAUAAUUUAAUAAAUAAAGGGAGGAUAGAGGACUGUAAGGAAUUUUUUAGGACAGUAUAUAGUUUUAUAUACCUUGUAGGCACGUAUUUGAAGCCAAAUGUGGCUAUUUUGGAUGGCAUAACAAUGGGCGGCGGAGCGGGGGUUUCGAUUCCUGGGAUGUUCCGAGUUGCAACUGAUAGAACUGUGUUUGCUACUCCAGAAACUUUGAUUGGUUUCCAUACCGAUGCUGGGGCUUCCUUUCACCUCUCACAUCUACCUGGGUACUGGGGGGAAUACUUGGCUCUAACGGGAGAGAAACUCAAUGGACCAGAGAUGAUUGCCUGUGGACUUGCUACACACUAUGCACCGAGUGCAAAGCUUCCUUUAAUUGAAGAAGGGCUAGGGAAAUUGGUUACCGAUGAUCCUUCUGUCAUUGAAGCUUCUCUGGAACAAUAUGGAUCCCUGAUCUCUCCAGCUAACCGUGGCCUACUUCAGAGGAUUGAAACACUUGACAAAUGUUUCAGCCAUGGUACAGUUGAAGAAAUAAUUGAUGCCCUGGAAAGUGAGACUGCAAGAACCCAAGACCCUUGGUGUUCUUCAACUUUAAAGAGACUUAAAGAAGCUUCACCAUUGAGCUUGAAGGUUUGCCUGAGAUCAAUACGAGAAGGCAGAUUUCAAACUCUUGAUCAAUGCCUUGUUCGUGAGUAUAGAAUGUCUGUUCAAGGAAUUUCUGGACAGAUUUCCAAUGACUUUUGUGAGGGGAUCCGCGCACGAAUGGUGGAGAAGGACUAUGCACCUAAGUGGAACCCCCCUAGCUUGGAGGAAGUAUCCAGUGACAUGGUGGAUCAGUAUUUUUCACCUAUUAGUGAACUUGAGCCAGAACUGGAGCUGCCAACAACUUUGCGAGAAGCAUUUACCUAGAUGGAGAUUUUUUAUUUUUGGUUACCUGAUUUAGUUGGCUUCAGAAGUAAGGAAAAUGUGGAUGCAAAAGACAUUUUACUGGAUAUGAUAUGAGAUACUAGUCCUUCUUUUUGAGAAAAUUGGUUAUGGGUGCA